UAAACUUUUUUAGAGAUAUUUUAAUAAUGAUAUGUACAUUAUGUAAUUGGUACAUUGUAUAUACACAAGAACAUUUUUGUUUUUAUACAGAUUUAUGGUGAUAAGUGAUAUAGUUACUUUCAUUUUUCCUUUAAAUAAGACAUACCGUCCACUAUGACAAUUGGUUCUAAAGCGGUAUCAAAGCUUAUUGUACCUAUUAUUAGUAAUGUAGUUUGCUUAGCACGGUCACAAUUUAGCACAAUACUUUUUUGCAGCAAAAUGGCAGUGGAUAAUCCCGAUUUUAAGUCGGCUACGUCUAUUCAUGAAUUCACCGUCAAAAAUAUAAAAGGUGCUGAUGUAAAACUAGAUAUAUACAAAGGUCACGUUUGUAUUAUUGUGAAUGUUGCCUCACAGUGUGGUCUUACUGCAAAUAACUACAAACAACUUAAUGAACUAUACGAACAAUAUGCAGAAACUAAAGGAUUGCGAAUCCUGGCAUUUCCCUGCAACCAAUUCGCUGGUCAAGAACCAGGAAACUCCGAAGACAUCGUUUGUUUCGCUGCUGAUCGCAAAGUGAAAUUCGAUUUGUUUGAAAAAAUCGAUGUUAAUGGGGACAAUGCUAGCCAAUUAUGGAAAUUCUUAAAGCAUAAACAAGGCGGUACCCUGGGCAGUUCAAUUAAGUGGAAUUUUACGAAAUUCAUUGUGGACAAGGACGGAGUUCCUGUUGAACGACAUGGACCCAAUGUAGAUCCUAAAGAUUUGGUCAAGUCUUUGGAAAAAUAUUGGUGUUUACAAAUUGUUUCCAGAAAAAUGGCAGAAGCCAAUAACCCAGAUUAUAAGUCUGCUACAUCUAUUCAUGAAUUCACUGUCAAAAACAUUAAAGGUGAAGAUGUUAAGCUGGAUGUGUACAAAGGUCACAUUUGUAUUAUUGUGAAUGUUGCUUCACAGUGUGGCCUCACUGCAAACAACUAUAAACAGCUUAAUGAACUGUAUGAGCAAUAUGCAGAGAGCAAAGGUUUGCGUAUUUUGGCAUUCCCUUGCAAUCAGUUUGCUGGACAAGAACCAGGAAACUCUGAAGAAAUCGUAUGUUUUGCUUCAGAGCGCAAAGUGAAAUUUGAUUUGUUUGAAAAAAUUGAUGUCAAUGGUGACGGCACAAAUCCGCUGUGGAAAUUUUUAAAGCAUAAACAAGGCGGCACUUUAGGCAACUUCAUCAAGUGGAAUUUCACGAAAUUCAUCAUUGACAAGAAUGGAAUCCCUGUCGAACGCCACGGGCCCAACGUAGACCCUAAAGACUUGGUUAAGUCUUUGGAGAAGUACUGGUGAAGAAGUUUUCAACGAAAUAAAAUAUUCUUAAACUUAAGUUAACUUUAUGCAUUUGGUACAGAAAUUGAUGCCAUUUGUGAUUUUUAUGGGUGAUAUUGUAACCAUGGAGAAUUUGAUAAUACCUACAAACUAAAUGACUGUAACUAGAAUUAUAAUUAUUUAUUACAAUGUA